GUUUGGGUUUCGGCUUGACUCCACCCCCUCCAAGAACGCAGCCGUGUGAUUGGCCAUGACUGUCCAAUUGCGUAGGAGAACCGGCUUUCACGUCUCUUUGUUUGCGGGAGGAACAUGGCGGAUCGGCUCACGCAGCUGCAGGACGCUGUGAACUCGCUUGCAGAUCAGUUUUGUAAUGCCAUUGGAGUGCUGCAGCAGUGUGGCCCUCCUGCCUCCUUUAGUAAUAUUCAGACAGCCAUUAACAAAGAUCAGCCGGCUAACCCUACGGAAGAAUAUGCCCAGCUGUUUGCAGCGCUGAUUGCACGAACAGCAAAAGACAUUGAUGUUCUGAUAGAUUCCUUACCCAGUGAAGAAUCUACAGCUGCUUUACAGGCUGCUAGCUUAUAUAAGCUGGAAGAGGAAAACCACGAGGCUGCUACCAGUCUGGAGGAUGUUGUCUACCGAGGGGACAUGCUUCUGGAAAAGAUACAGAGCGCACUUGCUGAUAUUGCACAGUCCCAGCUGAAGACGAGAAGCGGCACCCAUAGCCAGUCUCUUCCAGACUCAUAGCACCAGUGAACACGUACUGCGGGUGAGGAAAGGACUGUUGCAAUGCCAGUAAGAAUUCUGCCUCAGAUUUAGGUGUAAGCCUUACCAGCAGUUCCAGAAACAUUGAGCACUAUGACACAUGUUAUCUUUUCAGCUAUUUUAAAUAGUCUUCUGUUUUCACUCUUAAUAAAUAAGCUUGUAAAAUCAUGAAUGAACCAGCUUUAAAAAACUGUCACUAUACCACUAUUUUUUAUUAUCUGAGUGAAAUUAUUGAGGCCAGUGUUGCAUUAAUGUUCAUAAUAUAAUUAAUAAACAGCUGUACUAUAAAA